AAUAUUUUUGACAUGUGUGAUCGCUGACAAUUCGCUAACCACACUUUUCAUCAGUUCAAAACAAAACACUGCGGUCUUUUCUUAACAAACAUAACAAUUUAAAAUAAUGCAUCGAAGAGUUGUUGUGACCGGCAUGGGUGUGUUAUCCCCAAUUGGUGCUAAUCUACACGAAUCCUGGCUGAAUAUCAUCAACGGAAAGUGCGCUAUUUCCAAACUGGAGGAUCCUGCAUUCGCCAAUCUUCCUUGUCGCAUCGCUGGAACAAUCAAACUUAAAGAUAAACGUCUAAACUUGGAGGAACACUUCUCAAAAUCUGAAUUAAAGUCGAUUAGUCCAGCCACAGCCUACGCGCUAAUGGCAACCAAAGAAGCUUUAAUCAAUGCCAAAUUAAUAAAUUCAGCUGGACAACCAGAGGGACUCUCUGCUGAAGAUAUCCGACAAUCCACAGGAGUUGCCGUUGGUAUGGGUAUGGUAGAUUUACAGGAUAUUUGUGAUACCAACGACGCUUUAAACAAAUCCUACCGGCAAGUCAGUCCGUUUUUUGUUCCGCGCAUAUUGGCAAACAUGGCUGCCGGACAAAUAAGUAUAAAAUACGGCCUACGAGGACCGAAUCAUUCAGUUUCUACAGCGUGUGCAACUGGUGCGCAUGCAAUUGGUGAUUCAUUUCGGUUUAUACGAAAUGGCGAUGCCAAUAUUAUGGUUUGCGGUGGAGCGGAAGCGUCAAUAUCACCAUUAGCGAUAGCAGGAUUUUGUCGACUGCGAGCUUUGAGUACUUCGUUCAAUGACACGCCUGAGAAAGCAUCGAGACCUUUCGAUAAAAAGCGAGAAGGAUUCGUCAUGGGUGAAGGGUCAGCCAUUUUGGUUCUAGAAGAACUGGAACAAGCAAAACAACGCGGAGCGCAUAUUUACGCCGAGAUUUUAGGAUACGGAUUAUCAGGAGAUGCUUCACAUUUAACCGCACCAAGUUCAGAUGGAGCUGGAGCGGUUUUAGCGAUGAGUCGCGCUCUUAAAGAUGCGAAGGUAACGUCGAAGGAUGUAGGGUAUGUGAAUGCGCAUGCUACAUCCACACCACUUGGUGAUACAAUCGAAACCAAAGCGAUUAAGACAGUUUUAAGCGAUAAUUACAAAAAUAUUGCUGUUUCGUCGACAAAAGGCGCACAUGGACAUUUAUUAGGCGCUGCUGGUAAUUUAGAAGCGACAUUUACAGUGAGGUGCGUUGAAGAAGGCGUGUUUCCACCGACAAUUAAUUUAGACGAGCAAGAUGAUGCUGACUUAAAUUUGGUAGCGAAUGUUAAACAAAGUUGGGAGGGUACAAAGCGAAGAAUCGCCCUGAAAAAUGCUUUCGGGUUUGGCGGUACCAAUGCAUCAUUAUGCAUUGCACAAUAUGUUGCUUAAAUAGUAUUCAAAUGUGUAAAUAGAUUUAUUUUGUUACUUUAAAGUUUAAAAAGAUGUUACCUGUAACUAUACCUGACAUAAUAAUGUGAUAAAGAGGUAAAUAUGGUUUUAAAAUCAAA